GCUGGAAGGAGCAGUCAGUGAGUGCACUGCCACCGUGUCGGCUGUGUACUGAUUGUCGGGCCGUCCAAAGUGUUUACUGUCUGCGUCUGCGUCCGUGGUCCGUCAUCUGACUUCUUUUCCGUGUUCUAAAUUACUGUUUUACUGUGUUGUGAGUCGAGGCUGUAUGAACUGUCAGGCUGGAUCGAACCAGGAAGAAGAUUGAGGAAUCCAAGGAGAAAUUCCGCCGGGAGAUCCGCGAGUCCAAGGCCAAGAUGUUCACCAAAUUCACCAACAUCCUGCAGCAGGCGGUGGAGGCGCUCGCUCCUUCUCUUCCUCUGCAAGAAGACUUUGUGUAUCAUUGGAAAGCUAUUACCCAUUAUUACAUUGAAACGUCAGAUGAUAAAGCUCCUGUAACAGAUACAAACAUCCCAUCACAUCUGGAUCAGAUGCUUGAUAUUUUAGUUCAGGAAGAACAUGAAAGGGAAUCUGGGGAGACGGGGCCUUGUAUGGAGUACUUACUCCAUCACAAGAUUUUGGAAACGCUGUACACAUUAGGAAAAGCUGAUUGCCCACCUGGAAUGAAACAGCAGGUCUUGAUUUUCUAUACAAAAUUACUAGGAAGGAUCAAGCAACCCCUGCUACCACACAUAAAUGUUCACAAGCCUGUCCAGAAAUUAAUUAGACUUUGCGGUGAAGUUCUUGCUGCCCCGACAGAAAAUGAGGAAAUACAAUUCCUCUGUAUUGUUUGUGCAAAAUUAAAACAAGACCCAUACUUGGUUAACUUCUUUCUUGAGAAUAAAUCUCCAAGAGAUGCAGGAACUACAAACCCACGGCAAACAACGGGAGAUGUUGCAAACAAAGCAGUCACAAACAGAGGUGUAUCAUCAGACACUGAACAGGCCCAAUCUCUGGAGGCUGAGAUAAGUACAGGACUUUGCAGUGCCACCUGUGGAGCUGUAACCAGCCCCCUGGACAGCAGUGAUAGAUCAUCUCAGCAGAGUACUGAUCUGUCUGCAUCAUUAAAUGAGAUGGUCCUCUCUCCACACAUAGUUGCUGCAACUGAUCACUGUCAAAAUCAGGAUUAUAACUUGGUGAACUCAUUGAUAAAUCUGAGUAAAAGCCCGGAUGGCCGAAUUGUUGUUAAAGCUUCUGAGGGUCUAAUGCUACUGGUUAGUUUGCCAGAGCCAGCAGCUGCAAAGUGCCUGACUGAGAAUACUUCGCUAUGCCAAUUGCUAACAGAAAGACUGGGCAAGCUUUAUAGAGCAUUGCCACAGUCAAUAGAUCCCAUGGAUAUUGAAUCUUUGGAGUCUGUUAACUGGGGUUUGGAUUCUUACAGCCAAAAAGAAGACACCACGGCUUUUCCAGGAAAGCGGCCUCUCAUCUCUUUCCUGUCUUGGUUGGAUUACUGUGACCAGCUGAUUAAAGAAGCCCACAAGGUCACUGCUGCUGCCUUGGCAAGAGCUAUCCGAGAGAGAUUCUUUGUCCCAGUUAUGGAACCUCAAUUGCUUCAGACAUCAGAGAUCGGUAUUCUGACCUCAAUAUCACUACUUAAUCGCAUCAUCCGUCAGAUCACAUCAAAUGCAAUGCUACAAGAGUUAGUUUUCUUCUUGUUAGGGGAACAGAGACAGCCUGAGGCACCUGGCCACAAUAAACAUCAGCUGCGGUACCGGCUCAUAGAACACUGUGACCAUCUGUCAGAUGAGAUCAGUAUAAUGACUUUGCGAAUGUUUGAGCAUCUAUUGCAAAAGCCAAAUGAGCACAUUAUUUACAACAUGGUGCUGAGGAAUUUGGAGGAACGGAACUAUGUGGAGAAUAAGCCACCUUGCCAAGAAGACAAGGAUAUAGUUGAGAAUGGGCAAAUAGCAGGAGCAGUUGACUUGGAAGAAGAUCCACUUUUUACAGAUCUGUCACCUGAUAACAGGAUGCUGGGCUCCAACUGGCUGACUGCAUCACCACCUCCAACUCCAGAGCACAUCAAACCUGACGGGAAAACAGAAGUGCAUAAAAUUGUAAACAGUUUUCUCUGUCUUGUUCCUGAUGAAGCAAAGUCGUCUUACUAUGUUGAAGGUACUGGAUAUGAUACCUACCUCAGAGAUGCACAUAGGCAGUUCCGGGAUUGUUGUGGUAACUGUAUGAGGUGGGACUGGCCAGGAACACCCAAACCGUUGGAGAAAUGUAACCUGGAGUCUCCUUUCUAUGAGGGACAUUUUCUAAAAGUAUUAUUUGAUCGAAUGGGCAGGAUACUUGAUCAGCCAUAUGAUGUGAAUUUGCAAGUGACCUCUGUGCUGUCAAAGUUGUCUUUAUUUCCUCACCCGCACAUACAUGAAUAUUUAUUGGAUCCUUAUAUUAACCUGGCUCCCAACUGCAGGUCUUUGUUUUCUGUUAUUGUAAGGGUGGUUGGAGACUUAAUGUUGAGAAUACAACGCAUCCCAGACUUCACACCGAAGCUUUUACUUGUCCGAAAACGUUUGCUAGGUUUUGAGCAAGAUGGGCCCAUCAUAGAUCAUAUGACCUUGCUGGAAGGUGUGAUUGUUUUGGAAGAAUUCUGCAAAGAAUUAGCUGCAAUAGCAUUUGUUAAAUUCCACGCUUCCACUGCAACUUAAUUUGCUGACUGGUUUCCACACAGGAGCAUCCCAUUACCACUUCAGUCUUACUGGUCAGCUUCCAUAAUAAAACAAGUUUUUGGAAUAACACGGACUGCUGUGACUGCUAGCUGUGGUGUGCUGCCCAUCACUGUUUUAGAUAUGGAUGGAAAAAAGGGAAAGAUGUGCAAAAAAUGGAGUAAUUUGAUACAGUUAUCUGAAAAGCUGAGAGGUUGGGUCUGAAAGGAAACCACUUCCUUAUGAUAGUCACUUUGCCUUGCAGGUGACUUGACUGCAGUAUUGGACAGAUGUUGAUUUACUGAUACAACAACAGUCUCAAUGUUGUGUAUACUGAGUUUUACAGUGGGGCUGGUUGUGUCUCUACUGUCCCUUUUAAAAUCAUGAUACAUUCUCUUACUGUUCUCAACACUUGGGAAUAGAUUGGGCAGAGGUCAAUAAUAGAAAUGUUUAUCAGUAUUUUAUCAGAUGAUUAUUUAAGUAAAAGUUGGAAUGCUGAUUUGAAAUUAUUGUAUAUUGUGCCUUUGAAAAGGGCAGCAUUAAGUGUUAAGUCGUGUUUAUCUUUUGUCACUCUGUUCUCUUUCACCUCAACACUUUCAGAUAGUCUGGAAACUAUAGCCAUGUCGCUAAUGGCCUUCUGUCCGUUCCAAGCCUAAGCCUUUGUGCUCAUCCCAGGGAAUGGUCUGCAUCUGUAGAUGAAAAGUCUAAGUUUAAGUAUUGUAUACUUGCACAGUUGGAGAGGGUGAUUUUUGUGUUUAUGACUAAUGCUCCAUUUUUAUUUGUUCACUAUUAACAAGUACUCGGCAAAGCUUUAAUGCUACAUUGAUCUGAAUAUAACAGUGCCACCCAGUAUUAAUAAAUCAUUUAAAACAGUUAUCAUUAACUCUAAACAGCAAUACGGAACAAUAACUAGUAGAUGUCUAUAAAGUAGUAUGUCCUACUUACUUUGAAAGUAAGUUGAAAUGGUUAAUAUAAUUCACAUUGGAUACCCAAUAUGAUAUGGUGUCAUUGUGCAAUAACCCUUUAAAAGUGGUUCAUAACAAGGUUUUGUUAUAAAUUACAUGUUACCAAAUAAUUGUUCUGUAUUUGAGGAUUUUUUUUUAAAAUUAUUAUUUGUGAUAUAUCAUUUCUGUUUUCAUUUUAAUACUGAAUAUUGAUAUUUCACAGAUCUGAACUCCUUUUCUGGAUAGUAGCAUUGAAUUUUCUUAAGGGAGUACUAGUUUUUAGUAAACAUUAGAUAUGUUUCUGCUUCUGUAAAUAACUGGUAUUUGGAAUGUAUUUGGUGUAUAGAAACCAAAUAUUUUGAGACUUCAUCACAUUCAAUAUCGGUCUUCCUUUUUCUUGUCAUGCGUGCAAUAUCAAAGCUGUAUUGCCUUACAUGCAGCUUAAAUGCAACACUUUUUUCAUAUAUAAGAAGGUCUUAUAUAUUGAUCUGUGCUUGCUUCUAGUGUCACUGUUGUAUAUGGUAAAUGGGUUCAUAAACUGCCUAAUUUACAUUAAAAAUUCAUUUAUAAUUUUCCUAUUGAAUGAAUUCUCUUUAUAGCACAUUAUUUUGGUAUGUUAUAUUAUUGGGACUUAUUUCAGAUGAAUUUUAAUGUUGGGUCUCAAGUGCAAGUUUAUUGUUAGCAUGGUUUUUAUUGUUUACAUUUUAGUUAGCUGUGACAGAAAUUCUGAUCAAAACUCAUCAUUUAGAACAUGGAACAAAGAACAGUUAAGCACAGGAACCAGCCAUUUGCCCCACAAGGUUGUGCUGAACCAGCUAAAAAACAAAUCAAAAAACACUCAAACACUCGUCCCUUCCACCUACACCAUGUCCACCAUCUUUUUUACAUCCAUGUGCUUAUCCAAACGUCUCUUAAAAGCCUUUAAUGUGUUUGCCUUUACCACCAUACCAGGCACGCACCAUUCUCUGUGUAAAAAAUAACUUACCCCUCACAUCCCCUUUGAACCUAUCCCCCUCACCUUCAAUACAUGCCCUGUGGGAAACAGAUACUCACUUAUCUUUUCAACUGAUGCUGACUGACCUGCUGAAUUCCUCCAGCGCAUUGUGAGUGUUCCUUUGACAACAGCAUCUGCAGAUUAUUUUGUGUUUACUCACUUAACCUAUUUUGUGCAUGUAACUCCCUAGCUAUCAAAGUAAAUUAAUACUAACAAGAGUUUAUUUUUUUUUAAAUUUUCAUCUUUUUUAAGCCUUCAGAAUUUAUUUUCUUCUGUAACAUCACCUGCAUUUUAAUUAAAUUUAAUCUGCAUCACUUGCAGAUUCUGCACUUUCUUUUUUGUUAAGCUCUGAAAGCUUCGGUAGUUUUGAUGUAAAAACGUUGAACAGCAGAACUUUCUUUGUAGGUGCUCUUUGACCAUUAGGGCAGACUUCUUGAAGAAACCAUAACAAGUCCACAUUUAAUUUAAUCAUUUGGCUUUGUGUUAAAUUUCUAUGACAUCUUUUUAACAUUAUGCAUUUUAGAUAAUUUAUUCUUUCAGUGAGAAGAACGUGGUCCAGUAGCUGCAUUUUUUUAAAACUUUGGGAUGGCUUUGAAUAUGUUAGCAAUACUUUGGUGCUAAUUUGAAUCUGAAAUGGUAAUAUAUUUACUAAUUUUCACAAGUAAUAUUUUAAUAUGAUUCAUUUGUCUAAGCAAACCAUUUCAUUAUUAACUGCUAGUACAUUGUGGGUAAACUUAAUUGAUGUUCUGACACUUGAAGUGCGCGCACACACACACAUAGUAGUGUCCAUUUUUUUUCCCCUUUUCGUGUGAUGCUGGUUGCUAAUUGCUUUUCACUCAAUGUUUUUGUGGCAUUUCAUGGGAAGUUCUGAGCAAUGAUGCCAGAAAGUGCUGCAGAAGUGUGAAGCCUGGGAGAGUUGUCUUCAUUCAUUGAAUUAAAACAUGAUUUACACAAUUUAGGAUUGUGUCGAUAUUGUUUUGUUGGAAAUAAACUGGUGGUUCUUCAAAGAUAAUUAAUGUGAGGGAUCCCUCAGUAGUGUUUUUAACAGGAUGCACAACAGCAGUGGUGUGGUAUUUUUUUCUGAUUUGAACAUGAUGCAAGAAAGACUCUCUCCAAGUCUGUUAGAAGAUGUCAUGAGUCCAUCAUGUCAAGGUAAUUGUAUUCAAAUAUUGAAGAAGAGCUUCAAGUUGUCAACAUCAUAUUGAUAAAAAGUGCCGGAAAGUAUAGUUAGCAAAAAAAGGAAGUAGAAACAUCAGCUGUCAAUAUGCACCUUUCUGACUGGGACCAUCUAUAACUGUUGAAUCCAAAAAUUAUUUUCUUUUUGUUUAAAACAUUAUGACCCGGCUGGUGGCGUAGUGGCAUCAGUGCCAGACUUCAGGACAAAAAGUCCCGAGUUCAAAUCCAGCUGGCUCCCCUGCACGCUUUCCAUCCGUGCUGGGUUACGAGCUGGUGACCUCCUUGGAAACUCACCCAGCAGAAGGCAAUGGCAAACCACUGCUGUAACUUGCCUCGUAUGCGGUUCCCCACUGUGUCAGAGAGGUGUGGAGGGAAAUCCUCCGCUAACCGGAGAAACUCCGGGUGCAACAUACCUUUCCGUUUAAAACAUUAUACUGGUUCAUAGCCGAACUUGGGAGAUUAUCAAGGAGUAAGGUGAUGCUGUUGAAGAAUUCCCCUAGAUCUAUAGAUUCCAGUUAAUUUUGAUGUUGAUGUGCAUUGCUCUUUAUCUAUCUGUAAAAUAACAAACUGUGUGAAGCAGUCCCGUUUUCUCAAAGUGGCUACUGUAAACAUGCACAUUCUUCCUGUCGGUACUGCAAUCUUCCAAAGAGCUGAACCGCCUGGCAAAAACAAAGGCUCUGGUCAAAGUUAACAACUCUUAAGUAAAAGGAAAUAAUAACUGAAAAAAGCAAAAAUAUAUGCACUGGUUCAAGUAUUUUAUGGAAUAUUCACUUCCUUUCCAGUCGUUCUGUAGUUGACAAAAUUGACUUCUAAAUCUCUGACUUGGGCAGGGGAAGCUUUCUCAUGGCACUUCAGGACCUGGUAAAUACAACUCUUUGUUAAAUCUACAUUAGGAAGUGCAAUCUCUGUUCAUUAUCCUGGAAACUGCCAUGAAGUGUUCAUUUGAUUUAUUUUUCAAUCUGUAAUAUUGAUGCAGACUGGAAUAUUGAGACUAAUUUGUAUUUUCUGUACUGCAAUUCUAUGAAGUAUCUCACAACUUCAAGGAUUAAUUCGGAGCCUAAAAUAUAAGUAGUGAGACCUUGUACUUAAAGAAUAAACUAGCCCAUGCCCAAAAUCAUUCUGGCCACUGUUUUUCUGACUUUAAAUGUAAGAUUCCAAGAAUUGUUCUGAGAUGGAUGACUUCCAGGGAAGAAUUUGCCCCAGAGCCACAUGGCGGAGACAUGUUGGGCAAAAUUAUGCACUGUAUGGUGAAUUCUGCUCUCAGCUAACCUUGAAAUUAAAUGGAAACUCACCCUCCAUCUCAGUGACUACUUGGUCCAGGGAUUUGCUGCAGAAGUUUUUCUCAAGAGAUGCAAGAAAAGCAUCUCCAACUGAGCCAGUUCUGAAAUCCUAUUGAAUUCCAAUGUAACCCAAGCAACAAGCAACAAGGAUGGAGAAUAACGGAAGUAGAGUGUUAGUCCUUCCAGGAAACAAGCUAAUUUCUCUAAUUUCAACAGCAGGAGAACAUGUUUACGAACUUUAGUUAAAGUACUAUAUUGAGAUUAGCAUUGUGAUUUUUCUUUAAUAUAUGUUGAAAGGAACAAUGUCCUUAACAGUUACUGGAGAAAGAUUGACAAUGUUUUUAAGGUUUAGUAGAGUUAAUUCUGAAGAUAGUAAUGUGCAAGCUGCAAAUCAAAGCUGAAUUCACUGUCUGAAAGACUGUUAGUUACCAAGAACACCAGCCUAAAAGUAAUCAUAUACUCAAAAGUUCUGAUUAUUUAUCAGCAAGUCCCUUCUGUGUGCUAUAGUUUGUUUCUCUUCGAUUGUCUUUGUCAUACAUACAAUGGCAGUGAAUAGAUGUUUGAACAUGACCUUGUGUCCUGCAGAUGAUAACUGAACUGAUGAAUCAUCCGGAAACAUCAACUAUCUAUUUCUCUCCAUAGAUGCUGCCAGACCUACAAUAUUUUAUGUGUGUUGCUCAAGAUUUCCAGCAUCUGCAGAAUCUCUUGAGUUUAGUAUUUCCAUGGCACUGUCUUACCUAAUAGAAUGAGUGUUAACAAUGUGCAUUAUGUAUGUGAACAAAUGUGCGAGUAA